AUGCGACAAUAUACGUACAGAAGACAGUCGUUGAAGAGAACUGGUUACGAGGAAGGUCAUAAAGAGCACACAGAGAUCACGGUCAAUACCAACGAAGAAUCCAACAGCUUGAAGCCAUGCGAGGAUCCUCAGAAGUCACUUCUGAGACAGGGCCAUUCGAUGAAGAAUAGUGUCUCGGUACUGAAACGCAUAGGGUCAACAGUUACUACAACUGUUGCUUCUUUGGCUUCGUUGACGCCGGAGACAAAACCAACGCGUAGGCGGCUGAAAUCCAGCACAGAGCUAGCGCUCAAUGGUCUCAAGUUCAUUACCAAGGCUGAUGGCGUCGCUGGUUGGCCUCGUGUUGAGAAAGAUUUCGAUAGGUUAACCGAGACGACCGGUGGUUCAUUGGACCGUUCCAAGUUCGGUGAAUGUAUAGGGAUCAAGUCAAAAGAGUUCGCAGAAGCACUGUUCGACGCCUUAGCAAAGAGGCAAAACAUAACUGGACAUGUAAUAAGCAAGGAUCAGCUGCAAAUAUUCUGGGAGAAGAUCAAUGCUCCGGACUUUGAUUCGAGGCUACGAAUUUUCUUUGACAUGGCCGAUACGGAUACUGAUGGGAGGUUGAGUAAAGACGAAGUAAGAGAGAUUAUAGCUCUAAGUGCCUCUGCCAACAAACUGGAUAAGAUUGAAAAACAAGCACGUGAAUAUGCUACUUUGAUUAUGGAAGAACUAGAUCCCUAUGAUCGUGGGUACAUCAUGAUAGAGGCUCUCGAGGUACUGCUGUUGCAAGGGAAUACUAAGGCAGUGAGCGAUUUGGUAAGUCAGCAGGUCGAAGUAUCACAGAGUAGGAAUCUCUGGAAGCGUUUGUACAAUGGGGUUAAGUAUUUUGUGUUGGAUAAUUGGAAGAGAUUGUGGGUGAUGGCUCUAUGGAUAGCUGUUAUGGCCGGGCUGUUCACGUGGAAGUUCAUGGAGUAUCGAAAUAGACCGGCUUACCAAGUUAUGGGAGCUUGUGUUUGUAUAGCUAAAGGAGCUGGAGAGACACUUAAACUGAACAUGGCCAUUAUUUUGUUACCAGUUUGUAGGAACACCAUCACUUUGCUCCGGACCAAAACCAAGUUAGGUGUUGUUGUUCCUUUCGAUGAUAACCUCAACUUCCACAAGGUCAUAGCAAUAGCAAUAUCAAUCGGAGUUGGACUCCAUGCCACAUCUCACUUAGCUUGUGAUUUCCCUAGGCUGAUAGCUGCAGAUGAAGAAACGUAUAAGCCAGUGGAGCAGUAUUUUGGAGUACAGCCAAAGAGUUAUGUGCAGUUUUUGAAGUCAGUGGAAGUAGUUACCGGGACUGUCAUGGUUAUAUUAAUGACCAUAGCCUUCACAUUGGCUACAUCAUGGUUCAGAAGAAAUAAGUUGAAGUCUCUUCCUGAACCAUUGAAGAAAAUAACUGGCUUCAAUGCCUUCUGGUACACUCACCAUUUGUUUGUUAUCGUCUACACACUCCUAGUCGUUCACGGAUACUAUGUCUACCUCAUCAAAACAUGGUACAGGAAGACGACUUGGAUGUACUUGAUGAUACCGGUGGUUCUUUACCUGUCUGAAAGGCUGGUUCGUUCGCUCAGGUCAAGAAUCGAAUCUGUUAAGAUACUAAAGAUUGCUGUGUUACAAGGAGAAGUCUUAUUGCUUCAAAUGUCAAGACCAAACAACUUCAGAUACAAAAGCGGACAGUACAUGUACCUCAAAUGUUCUGAUGUGUCUUCAUUAGAAUGGCAUCCAUUCUCAAUUACAUCGGCUCCAGGAGAUGAUUACCUUAGUGUCCACAUCAGGGAUCAUGGAGACUGGACUAACAAGUUACGAUCAACAUUCUCUGAUGUACGUCACUCCGUGUGUUCCCCGGCCAUCCCUGGUAAAAUGAGCGAGCGUAGAGCCGACUUGUGGAACGGGGAUAACCUUUUUAGCUUUCCAAAACUCGUAAUCGACGGUCCAUAUGGAGCGCCAUCACAAGACUACAAGAACUUCGAAGUUGUUCUACUGGUGGGUCUAGGAAUCGGAGCUACUCCUAUGAUCAGCAUUAUCAAGGACAUAAUCAAUAACUUGAAAGUCAAUACUGGAGAUGAAGAAGAAGGAAGAGGCAGUAACCGGAACCACAACACGGUAACACCUCCUUCUAUUUCUCCUGCAAGAAAAAGCGAGCUAUUCAGAACCAAGAGAGCAUACUUCUACUGGAGCACAAAAGAGCAAGGAACUUAUGAGUGGUUCAAGAGCGUGAUGGACGAAGUAUCCGAAGCAGAUGUUAACAACGUUAUCGAGCUGCAUAAUUACUGCACCAGCAUCUUCGAGGAAGGAGACGCGAGGUCCGCACUGAUCACGAAGCUCCAGUCACUAAACCAGGCCAAGAAUGGAAGGGACGUUGUGUCAGGGACCCGUGUCAUGUCCCAUUUCGGUAGACCAAAAUGGAGGAGCAUUUACGAAAGGAUCUCCGUGAAGCAUCCCAACACUAGAGUCGGAGUGUUUUAUUGCGGACCAGCUACAGUAGUGAAAGAGCUACACAACUUGGCAACGGAAUUCUCUCAAAGGACCACCAAGUUCUGUUUCCAUAAAGAAAAUUUCUAG